UCUGCCGCGGCCGCAGGGGCGGGCGUUUUGGGGUCUCUGGGGCAGCUGUGUCUGAUGAGAGGUUCGGGAAGGCUGCUGUGGGGCUGGGGUGACGAGAGCGGGAAGCGGCGAGAGGAGGCGGUCCGAGGUUCGGCCGCCCCCAAAGAUCGGGGUCGGGGGUGCGCAGACUGGUCUUCCCGCCCCCCGGGCGUCGUUCCGCCCGCAGAGUCCGAUGGCGGCGGCCGCGCGGAGGGACUUGGCUCAGGUUCCUAUUGCUGCAGAUUUGCUUCCAGACCAUGCAGAGGGCCAUGUGACCUUUGAGGAUGUGGCUGUCUACUUCUCUUGGGAGGAGUGGGGGCUCCUUGAUGAAGCCCAGAGACUCCUGUACCGUGAUGUGAUGCUGGAGAACUUUUCACUGAUGGCCUCUCUGGGACUUGCAUCUUCCAGGACACAUGAAAUUACCCAACUGGAGUGGUGGAGAGAACCCUUUUUGCCUCCCUGUGGAGUCUUGACUGCAGCCAUGCCAAGAGGUUGGCGGCAUAGAGCAGAGGCUGAGGAAGCUCCUCGUGAACAGAGUGUUCAUAUAGAAGGAGUGCUCAGAGCAAAACUUCAACACCAGAAGCUGCACUGUGGAGGGAAACCUUUAAGAAGAGAAGGUGGGGAGGGUGGAAAGGACUUCCCAAUUAGUUCUGGUUUUCUUAACCAUCAGGUGACCCGUGGCGGAGGGGAGCCACAAAGGAGCACCAAAAGUGGGGAGGCCUUUCACCCUGGAAAAAGGCAUUACAAAUGCAGUGAAUGUGGGAAAGCCUUUGGUCAGAAAUACUUACUUGUUCAGCACCAGAGACUACAUACUGGAGAAAAGCCUUAUGAAUGCAGUGAAUGUGGGAAAUUAUUUAGCCAUAAAUCAAACCUUUUUAUACAUCAAAUAGUUCACACUGGAGAAAGGCCUUAUGGGUGUAGUGAAUGUGGAAAAUCCUUUAGCCGCAAUGCUGACCUCAUUCAACACCAGAGAGUUCACACUGGAGAAAAGCCUUUUACAUGCAGUGAAUGUGGAAAAGCCUUCAGGCAUAAUUCCACACUUGUUCAGCAUCAUAGGAUCCACACUGGAGUGAGGCCUUAUGAGUGCAGCGAAUGUGGGAAAUUCUUUAGCUUUAACUCAAGCCUCAUGAAACAUCAGAGAGUUCACACUGGAGAAAGACCUUAUCAGUGCAGUGAAUGUGGGAAAUUCUAUAGCCACAAGUCAAGCCUUAUUAAUCAUUGGAGGGUUCACACUGGAGAAAGGCCUUAUGAGUGCAGCGAAUGUGGGAAGUUUUUUAGCCAAAGCUCUAGCCUCAUGCAACAUCGGAAAGUUCACACUGGAGAAAAGCCUUUUAAAUGCAAUGAAUGUGGAAGAUUCUUUAGCGAGAAUUCCAGCCUCGUUAAACAUCAGAGGGUUCACACUGGAGCAAGACCUUAUGAAUGCAGGGAAUGUGGGAAAUUUUUUCGCCACAGCUCCAGCCUUGUUAAACAUCGGAGGAUUCACACGGGAGAAAUGCCUUAUGAGUGCAGCAACUGUGGGAAAUCAUUUAGCCAGCGUUUCAACCUCAUUCAGCACCAGAAAGUUCACAGUGGAGAAAAGUCUUGAAUGCAGCUAAUGUGGACAAGCCUUUAACCAGAGGUCUGCUCUGAUUCAGCAACAGAAACUUCAGUCCACAUAGGCCUCAUGAAUACAGUAAAUGUGAAGAAAGCCUUCAGCGAAAGGCUUAACCUUGUCGAGCACCAGAAUGUUCAGACUAGAGAGAGGCCUUAGGAGUGCAGUACACAUGCAGUCUCCUGAUUAACCUAACUUAAAACUGAGAGGAGCUCUGAAAGUAGCCAUUAUGAGGGAGCCAGCAAUUGAACAUCAUUCAUCCAAAUAUCCUGACAUACUGCCUCCUGAGAAGCUAAGCCUCUGCCUGGGAGCUCUAGGGAGAGGGAGUCCUGUGUUCUUAGAUGUAUUAGUCUGGAGUGGAGUUUCCACCUCUAUCAUUGGAGUGGGGAGAGAGGGAAUGGUCUUAGUUCAAAUGUGACUGGCUCUUGCUGUUCUUACUGAAUAUUAGAUGUUCUUGAUUAAGUGUUUCCUCAUUUGCUGUAUACCGUAGGACCAUUUCCAGAGACUUUAACUUGUGUUUUUAUAAUCUUCCCCAGUUUCAAUGGGAAGCAGGCCUGCAAAGCUCCUCACACUGUCAUGCAGGAAGUUGAUCUAAAUAUUUAAUUUUAUAAGAACUUGCCAGCUUGUGUUCUAGAUGGUUAAUGCUAUUUCAUAUUUCUUCCUAGAGUAUUAUAUUUCCAGUUUCUUCACAUCAUUGCUGAUCCUUGUAUAACACAUGGGCCAUUCAUUUCAGCCGUUCUAGUAGGUGUGUGGUGUUAACCUGUCUCUCUAAUGACUCAGUGUUGAGCAUUAGUCUUUGUGUUUAUCCACCACCCAUACAUCUUUAGUGAAUUAUCUUCAUGUUUUUUUCCUACUUUUAGAAAAAUUGGUUGGUUUCUUAUUGUUUUGUGAUUUAAUAUAUUCUACAUAGAAGUUCCUUAUCUGAUAUAUGCUUUACCAAUGUUUUCUCACAGUCUGUGCCUUUGAUUUUUGUUUAUUUCCUUUUUUUAAAAUUUUCAUUUCUUAACAAUCUCUUUCCUAGGGCAGAAUUUUCAUUUUCAGGAAGUUCAAUUUAUUUAUUUCUUAGUGACUGCAUGUUUGGUAUUAUAUUCUUUUUCUCUUAUGGUACUAUAUCUUUGCUUGUAAAUAAAAGCCUUAUCUGAGUAUGCUGGAGUCUUAUGAGUCCUUACCCAAUCCUGUGACAUCUUUGUGGAUUUAAAUGUACAUAAAGAUUUUCAGUGUAUGUAGACAUAUUUACCUGUGUACAUAUCCACUAAUUCUUCUGAGAGAGCCUAGACAGCAGUGGCAUUCCAAUAGGCAUGAGCAUAUUU